GGACACCACGGAGGAGCCUACUCAUACUGCUGUAGCUGUUCCACUGCAAAAGAGUGACACAUGUUAAAUCUCACAUGAAAAAAAAAAAAGAGCUACAAAGACUCCAGUGCAAGUGAACGACAAAGUGGUUAAAUGAUUAUUUUUUUUAAAGCCUAGUAUCUGUCUGUAUACAGUUCUUUCACGCCCUUCAACCAACUCCGUCCAAUCACGUGUCUUUUCUCUCCGCUGCUCACUCACGGUUCAACAGCUUGCUGUGCAACACAAUUUCCUCAACAACAACAAAAAAAGAUAAAUGAAAAUGUAUGCAUCAUUGUUGUGGCACAUGACAGAAUAAGUGCAUGUGCAUCUGUUAAGUAGGCGAUAUGCUUGCAGGUCUCGUCUUCUCUUCCCGUAUAACAGGACACUUUGAGCUGCAGCCUGCGGCGGAGGUGCAGUAUCACACACGCAUGGGGAGAUGAUGAUGAACAUCAUCAGCAGCAACAGGGGAAGUGGGACUGAGGCCUCUCGUCCAGAUGCUUGGCCCGGCAGCCCAGCCCCUCUGAACAUCAACCACUAUGCCAAUAAGAAGAGUGCAGCUGAGAGCAUGUUGGAUGUGGCUCUACUGAUGGCUAACGCUUCCCAGCUAAAGGCUGUGCUGGAGCAGGGGCCAAACUUCUCUUUUUACACCUCUAUCAUCACCCUAAUCAGCAUCUCCCUCUGUCUGCAGGUCACAGUUGGGAUCCUGCUUAUCUUCAUAGUUCAAUGGAAUCUGAAUGAUGAGCAAAAGCAUUGGAGGCUGAACUUUAUGGAAAACUUGGCCACAGGCCUGGUUUUUGUGAUUGUGGUCGUGAAUGUCUUCAUCACAGCUUUUGGAGUCCACAGGCCGAACCGCAGCGACUGACCAAGAACACACGCAGAGAAGACAGAGGCGGAAAAGUGCAGCUCAGUGACGCAAAUCUCCUGAGAUCAGACACCUGAGCUUUCCUCCAGAGCUGCACUGUACCAUCUUUGCUGUGGCCAUUUUCCUACUGAUUCAUUAUUAUAGGAAAUACUUGAAAGGUCUUCAAGUGAGUAUGAAAUGCCUCCACUCUGCACCCAAGUCUGUCUCGAGAAGUCAAAAGCGUUUAAUGUAGCAUUUAAUUAGGUUGACUUUAUUCAUUGAAUCAAUUUAAUUGUCAUUAUUAAUUAAUGCAGGCUGUCUCCGUUUUGUCAGUGUUAUACCACACCAGAAGAUUUUCCAUUAUCCUUGUUUUCCACUUUGGUGCACUGAAUGAGGGAGCAGUGCCCUCUAGUGUAUAUAUUGAUGCUGUUCAGUCAGUGAGAUAAAUGUUUUAUCAUUUCUCCACUUCAUGUUCACAGCAGACAAAACAGUGCCAGACACAAAUGUGAAAUGCUAAUCACCAUACCGCUCAUUAUUCUGAAUUCUCAUUUUAACUAUCAUACCAUGCUGAUUAAUUUGCAUACAUUUCUAUGUAUAUCUUUUUUCCAUUCUUUGUCAUACAAGAUUAAAAAUAAGAACUCCG